AAAACUAACCUCAAAAAAUAAAAAAAGUCAACUGGUUGUUCAAAUAAACUUAUAUUUUUACAUUUCGAUUUCCAAAAUGCCUUUUUGGAAUCAGAAGGAUAUACCAAGUCCUGCAAUAUCCACAUGUAAAACAACAGAGAACGGUGUAAUUGAUCUUGACUACUUCUCUACACUUUGCCAGGACAUUAAAACAUUUUUAGAAGAUAAGACAACUCUCGAAACGGAACAUACUCUACUCCUUAGGAUAAACUACAAAAUGAAACUAAAAUAUCGUUCUUCAAAGGAUUUUAAAUAUCUCGAGAAAUUGUCAAAGUGCCUGAAAAUACUUUUGUCUGUAGAUGUUACUUCACAUUUAGAAACGUUAAUUGAUCUUAUACCAUCGAGGUACGCGGAAAUAACGUAUUUGCCAUCAAAACAUUUGGUAGAUUAUUUGUUAGUAAGAUUCCAAGGAAUUUCGCAAUUACUUUCGACAAUCUGCGAAUAUUGCAAAAACGCGGCCUCUUACUUGUAUUACCGCCUAAAAUUAGGCCAUCAAUGGCAGCUUGCGUUUCUUCUGUAUUCCCUAACUUCCAGAAUUUUCUAUUUAGCUAAAUACAAUAUCAAGAACAUUUGUAUGUAUUACGGAAAAUUGAAACCAAUCUCUAAUAAGUUACAAACUACCAGUAUGUGGCUUCCAGCGACUUAUGAACUUCCUGCAGAUCUUAAAGAGUGGUUGAACAUCGAUUGGUCAGAAAUUGAUCUCGAUAAUGACACAAUAGAAAUAAUCGGUGAUGAUACUAUCCCGUUCUUUAAUCUAAUUGAUGAUGAAGAUGACGAAGACAUAAGAUUAACCGAAGAAUAUAUUCUAAUAAAUGAUGAUGAUAAAGUUCAACCAGACGUCCUAACCUUGAGAGGUUUUGAUGUAGAUGAUGAUGUAGGUGAUAUUAUUGAAAUAAAUGACAGUGUAGUAUCCGAAGAAACUGGCAAUAAAUCCGUGUUAACAAUUGAUGAUGAAGAAAGUUCAUCGUCAAAUGGAAAUAGUUCAGUAGAAAUUGUAGAACCUGUUAAAAAGGAAUAUAAAAAAAAUAGUUUUAUUGGAAAAAACAAGAGAAACACUUUUAAAAAUAUUCCUGUCUUCACAACUGAUAGACAACUUAAAAGUCGAUUAAAACAUACGUUUAAUAACAAACCUAAUUUUAAACAUACGAAGAAACUAAAGGGUCAAAAGAAGAAUAAAAAAAUGAAGCUACUUGAAACCAAAAUUAAAAAAGAAAGUCCAAGAAAAAUCAAAACGGAAAUUAAACAAGAAGCCCCAAGAGGUAUUAAAAGAAAAAUCAAAUCUGAACCAAUUUAA